AUGGUCCACGCCCGACCAUCUCCGAUUUUUUUUAAAUUUGAACAAUGUGAGGAAUGCCCAGGAAAACUGAGUGUCGAAAAUAACUUAAGAGCGAUUUUCGAAGAAGCUGUAAUUUCAACUGACAACACAAUCAGUUUUUAUCAAUGGUCCCAUGAUGAUAAUCGCAGUUCAUUGAUUUCCGUACAGGAUACAGUUGACAGUUUCAUUGAAAGAUUUUCGCAAAAACUUGACGAGUUGUCAUCGCAUCAUUACAUAAGCAAAGAACAAUUGAAAUAUCUUAGCAAUUCUAAAGAAAAUUUAAAAAAUUCGGAGUGUAUUGCUUUAAUGGAUUUUGCUGAAAAUUAUUCGGUGAUAAUACAGGAUGCAAUCCAGAGUCAACAUUGGAGCAACACGCAAUGUUGUUCUGACUCUUGUUGUUUUGUGUUGGUUGUGCGAAAGCCGACCAGACUCGACGGCCCAGUGAAAACAGGCCAGGGUUGUGCGAAAGCCGACCGACAGACUGACAGGCCCAUUGAAAACAGGCCCUUGGUCGUGCGAAAGCCGAUCAGACUCGACGGCCCAGUGAAAACAGGCCAAGGUUGUGCGAAAGCCGACCGACUGACAGACAGACAGGCCCAGUGA